AUUAUUGACAUUUUUUUUAGUUACAAUUUAUUGUGUUUACAGUAUUAGUAGUAUUACUAUUGUAUUUAGUGGUCAACCAAAACAACAACAAAAUUGAUUGACUGAUUGAUUGUUAUAUUGCAGUCAUUAUAAUCACUGUCUAUACUACUGUUAUUAACGAAAAUAACGAUUUUGUCCUCCAUAUCGGCCACCACCCGAUAGUAGUCGUAUUCAUCCGAUUCACCCGAUAGUAGUCGUAUUCAUCCGAUUCACCCGAUAGUAGUCGUAUUCAUCCGAUUCACCCGAUAGUAGUCGUAUUCAUCCGAUUCACCCGAUAGUAGUCGUAUUCAUCCGAUUCACCCGAUAGUAGUCGUGUUCAUCCGAUUCACCCGAUAGUAGUCGUGUACAUCCGAUUCACCCGAUCGACCGAUCCUACCGAUAGAUAAUGGGUUGCGACGGCGGAACAAUACCGAAACGCGACGAACUGGUCCGUACGAAACAAAAACAACAACGACUGGACAGAUCGGUUGAAUUGGCCGCCAAAUGGCAAUACUGUGCCAUCAGUUCCACCAGACUUCACGAACCGAUUGUCAGCUGUCCGUUGGGCCGACUCUAUAAUAAACAGGCGGUCAUCGAGUAUUUGUUGGACAAGUCGUCGGCACCGAAUUCCGCGGUUUGCGAACACAUCCGAUCGAUGAAAGACAUUCGUCAGCUCGGGUUGACAUCGAAGACGGGUUAUUCGGAUAAGAAAUCGGAAGUCGACGGCCAAUACGUUGAUACCCAAGACUCGGAGUUUGUUUGUCCAGUAGUCGGCAUCGAAAUGAACGGCAAUUACAAGUUCUGUUAUAUAGCGACCUGCGGUUGUGUAAUGUCUGACCGGGCACUCAAAGAAGUCAAAUCAGAUAAUUGUCACAAAUGUAACAAAGAGUUUUCGGCUGACAACGAUAUUAUUGUUAUCAAUGGUACCGAUGAAGAAGUGGAACAGUUAAGAAAACGUAUGAUCGAUCUGAGAGAUAAGGAAAAAUCGAUGAAAAAGAGCCGCAAACGAAAGGCCACUGCCAUUGCUGCUGCCGAAGCCGCCGCCGUCGCCGAUGAAACAGUGAUUGAAAACGGCGACAAACCAGAGACCAUUACCACCAAAGUGUCUGCCAGUAUUGUCUUUGUCCAGAGCAGUACAUCCGGUACUACUACUACUACUCGACCACAACCAUCAGCUGCUGCCGCUGCUUCUACAUCAUCGGCGACGACAUCGACAUCAAGCAAACUGGUCGAUAAAUCGUCGAAACUGUAUUCAGUGGCCAACGAUCCGAAAGCUAGCGAAACAUAUAAAUCGUUGUUUACGUCGCACGAAACGGCCAGAAAACAGCCGAAAGCCCAUUGGGUUACAUUCAAUCCGUGCUAUUAUUAA